AUGUCGCUCUACGCCGACGAGGAGCCCGAGCUCUACGGCUCAGCGUCUGUCGGGCCCACCGCCCCGACGGAUCCGCUCCAGGCGCUCGCCGAGGCUCUAACGGCUGAGUCCGAGACGCCCGACCAGGCGAACAAACUCUUGGCCGCCGGUAGCCGUUUCGAAGAACAUCCCGAGAAGCUGCCGGACCUGUGUACGAAGCUGUUGCCGAUGGUCGUCGAUGGGCCCGACUCACUCCUCCGCGCAUGGACGCUCGACAUGCUCGCCCUCACCGUAGGCCGCGCAGGCCUGCGCGCAGAGAUCAAGCUCGAUGUCGCACGCGAAUCACUCGAAUAUCUCUACCGCCUGCUUAAUACGGGGUCGGUGGCGACUAUCCGUGCUACGAUUCCCAUCUUUGCAACCGUAUACCCCAUGGUGUUCCGAUACAUUGCCACGGCUGGAUCGGCUGGACACCAGCUGUAUGGCGUGUUCGAGUCGUCCAAGGCCCGAAUCGUCGCACUGGUCCUUGAUCCUGGAGCCCAGCCACAAAGUGCAGGCGUCAAGGCUGCUGCUUGGAAGUUUGUGCAAAAGGUGCUUCUUGUCGGCACUCGCGCGCCAAGCUCUGAUCCACGGUUGCGAGCAACUGCUAGCGAUGUUAGCAUCGCGCUCGUGCAGCCGGGUUCGGCACUCAACGCGCAGCAGCUCGAGCAGGAGACGACCAUGCUCCGCACGCAGCUCAUGACGCAGCUGUACUCGACCGACGACCCCGCCAUCCUUCAUCCCAUUAUCAACACGUUUCCACCUUUGGCCAAGACACGGCCAGCUCUUGCGCCUCUCAUCAUCCAGUCCAUGGCAUCGUGGACACCAAGUGCCAUGGAGGCAUCACGCCGACCAGCGAUGCAGAUCCGCGCAGUCGAGAAGACGCUGCGCGCCGUCAUGGCCCAUAUUGCAAAACACCCACCUCUCGUCGGCUUCUCCGCACAGCUCCACGAUGCUCUCAGCCGCCAGAAGCAGCGCAUGGAGCUCGCGUACGCUGCCGACAUGGAGGAGAGGCGGCAACGGCGCGCCAAGCUCGCCUCCGGCAAACACCCGCUCGAGGCUGACGCCGAGUCGAGCACCGCCAAGCGCGCACGCCUCGACGUUCAGCCUGGGUCUGGUGACGGUAAGGGCCGCGUCAUGGUCGACGUGUCUCAGUUCGCGCUCGAGCCUGUCAUCGACGUCGUUCUGCAUGGGCUCCAGGCCAUCUCGGACGAGAUGUUGGUGCGUGCGUUUGAUAACGCCAAACAAGCGAUCCAGGACAACGACCCAGAUGCAGUGCCUGUCCUGGCGUCGUGUCUCUUGGGCGAGGACGUCAAGUUGGAAGAAGACGUCGUCCUCAAUCCGCUGGACAUGGACCUGGAUGACGACGAGUUGCUCAUGGAACCAUUAGAAGGCGAGCUGGAAGAGCAAGUGACCAUCACCGACUUCCGCCUUCCGCCACCCGAACCCCUGCCACUCGACGAAAAGACGGAGAUUGCGGACUCGGCCGUACAGCGCAUCUGGGACACAGGGUCGGACUUGUCGCACCUGGCAGACCUGAAGAUCAGCGACGGGCCCCGUGCCGCCGUUCAACCCAAGGAGAUGUGGAUGCUGCUGCUCGCGCGUAUCUCCUCUCGCGGUGGGGACGACAAACGGCGGCUCAUCGGCGAGUUUGUGGCGAGAGACUUCGGGUCACGUGCAAAGUUCGCGACCGUCUGGCUCAACGAGGAGUGGCUGGCGAAGCGUCGAUCCGAGAAGAAUCAGUACGAGGCUGGUCUGCUGGCCAUCCUGAACGCGUACAUCCCGACGCUGGACUCGAAGGACCAGAGCCUUGCGCGCUUCCUUGUCGGCCUUCCUGAACUGCCCGAGGCUGCGAUCGACCUGCUCGAGCCGCUAUGUGAAGAUCCCGAUCGCAUGAUCGUGGGAUAUCUCUCGCUGCGCGAGCUCGCCGAGCACCGUCCACCCGUGCGGCCGCGCGCUUUGCAAACGCUCUUGCAGCUGUGUACACACCCGGAGCGCAAGGUGCGCGUCAUGGCCAUUACGACUGUGCGUCGCUGGGUGCCCAACUCACCCAUGUCGCCGACUGUGAUCUCGUUUGCGCUUGGAGUGCUGCGGCGACUGGCUGUGCGCUCCCAUCUCGCAGUCAAGGAGGAGAACGGUGACACCGAGGAGGCGGAUGAGGACAAGCCCAUCGACGGCGAGAAGCCCGCAGUGGAUGCCGACGACGACCAACCGAUGGAGGAUGCGGACAUUGGCGAGACGAUCGACACCAAGUACCUCGGGCCAGUCGACCAGGAGACUGUAUCUCAACACGUCGAACUAGCUUUUGCUCUCUCCCGCCGCGACCCGGACUUGCUCGAUGCCAUCUUCUCGAUCUACCCCAAGAUUCCUCUACCUAUCCAGGCCAAGGUCGAGGAGCUACUCGCGCCGCUCAUCAAGUCGCUCGGCCCGAGCAAGAAGCUGCUCGAGAUCCUCAAGGCCUUCCCACCCGGAGCCGAGCCGCUCGCGCUGCGCGUAGUCAAGACUCUCAGUGCGGAGGGUUCAUCGGGUGUUCUCGUCCCCGUGAUUCGCAGUUUACUGGCCGAGCGCGAGCUCGACCCGCGCUUCAUCAUUCCCGUCAUCGGUGAGCUGGACAAGGCCGAGAUCGACGCGCAGAUUCCGCGCAUCGUCUCCCUCCUCUCCCAGCCAGACAGCCGCGACGUGGUACGCACAGCCUUUGCGAGCGCGCUACAGAAGAUGACGCCGGCCGACCUGCUGGUCACUCUACACAGCGAGAAGGCGGGCCUCAAGCCGACAAUGGACGCGAUUGGCAUCUGCUUUAGCAUGACGACCGUCUUCCGCUCGGACGUCCUAGCAAACGCGAUGCAGCGUAUCGUCGACCAGCCGACCCCGCUGCCAGUGUGCUUUGUGCGCACCGUCAUCCAGGCCAUGCGGACAUACAAGUCACUCGUGCCCUUUAUCGCCAACAAUGCGCUCCCCAAACUCGUUGCCAAGCGUAUCUGGGAGAUGCCGCAAUUGUGGGACGGUUUCGUCCACCUCGUCCGCCUGCUUGGCCAAGCCUCGUUUGGCACAUUGCUCCAGAUGCCACUCGAGCAGAUCCGCGACCUCGUCGAGCGCCAGCCAGCCCUCAAAGCGCCCCUUAAGACGUUUGUCUCGAACAAACCGCAGGCCCGCAACCAGCUCGCAAGCGUUCUGGCGGAUUAG